AUGGGUACAACUCCACAAGAGGAAGCACUUGUAAUGAUGCUCUGUGAAGAGGCACACGAUGUUCGCGCUAAAUUUAGAGCCCUUUGCAAUAAACCAAACGGUGGUUCAGAUGCCGAAAAGAAAGAAUUUCUCGAGACAGUCCUCGGGGGACAAUCAUUAACAAAAGAAUUCGAUGAUAAAAAAGCAAAAUAUCUUAUUGAAAAACAUAAUCUUGCUAUAUUAAUUGUAUCAUUUACAAAAACUAUAACAGUUGCAUCUGAAAAACAUUUUAAAAAUCUUUCAACAUUUACAUUUCAUAUUGAUACAAUGAAACAAUAUAAAUCAAUACGUAUUGAUAUUGAUCAAACAAAUAAAACACUUGAACAAUUAUGA